AUGAGCGAAAGUGAAGGUUCACGAACGACUACUGAAGAUUAUGGUAAACCAUCUGAAUCUGAUACAAUUCAGAAGUUAAUUGAAUUUUGUGGAGAAAUGCGAUCAAGCUCAUCAUUAUGUUAUUUUAGAACUCAAACCUUAGUCUCGAACGCUAUCAGUUCUUCAUCAAAGAUUUUCUUUGUUUUAGCUUCACAUGGAAUGUGA